GUAGUAAUGCGGAAGGACUUUUGCCAUAUGCAGAAGAUGUGAUCCGGUUUAUUCGUAUCAUUCGUUUACUUUGAGCUGUGACAGUCGUGUGAUUUGAUGGAUACGAGCGAGGACGAGGGCAUGACAACUAAAAAAGAUAAUGAAUCGCAAAACAACGAACGCAAAAAGGCAGUAGGUCAAACAAAGUGGGCCGUUCGUUGUUUUCAAAACUGGUGCUUCGAGCACCUCGGGCAUGUUAUUGACUUUAAUGUGGUCUCAAAAACAGAAUUGAAUGAAAUACUGUGCAAGUUUUAUAUCACGGUGAGAAAUGGGAGAGGGGAAUCGUAUGGAUUCAGUGGGUUUAUGGGUUUGCGAGCAGGGCUCAAUAGACACCUGAGCGAGCCUCCACAGUGUUGGUGUUUAGCGAAGGACCGUGAAUUUAUGUCCAGCAACGGUGUUUUCAUGGGACUAGCAAAGAAACUUCGAAGUGAAACUGACCUGUCAGUGCACCAGAAAACAGAUGGAGAUUUUAUCGAAGUCAAGCGCUGGAAAGUUCUGGAUCCAAGCACACCGGAGGGGUCAACGAUAAUCAUCAAGCAGGACUUGGACGGCAGUCCUACACCUUGUCUCGCUAGCCUUAAGGUGGACGGCAGUCCUACAUCUUGUCUCGCUGGCUUUCAGGUGGACCUGUCGGACUCCGACAGCAGUGGAGGAAACUACUUAGUUGCUCAAGUCGGUUUAGAACAUGUGACUGAAUCCUGGGGAACGCCAGACACUCCAGCUCCAUUUAAAACCGAAGAUGAUGAAGGAGGCUCAGACGCCCCGCCAGAGGAGAGCAUCAGUCCAGUUGUGUCCGGCUGGCCCUCCAUUGACGAAUACGGUCCUUACUUAACGGACUCUCAGAUCAUGGGCCGCGUUCGGCAGGAGCGCUUCACUCAGGAGGAGCUGGGCAUCCUGGUGCGCGAGGUCCACGCUCGCUACCACAUCAUCUACGGCAGAGGCGUGUCGCCGGCGGAGACGCGCCGGGCGUGGGAGGAGGUCACGUUGGCGGUCAACAGCACGGGCCUCGCAAACGCCCAACCUCAAAGCCGACGUAGCAAGAUGAAGCAGGCCAAUGGAGUCGGCUCGAAGGCAUCGCAAAGGCCAGAGAGUGGACCUGCGGGAGAGGACGCUCAGUCCGCCAGCAUAACAGCUACACCUGUAAUCUCAUUGUUUGAGGGACGCGGAGCUGGACCUGGGGGUGAAGCAGGGGAUCAUGGGAAGGGCACUGUGGAGGCUCCCAGUUGGUCUCAGGAGUCCUUGAACGUGUGGGCCAGGAGCCUGGACACGCAUCAGCAGGGGGAGAUCGUCCACCGCUCGCGUUUCACCAAGGAGCAGACGGCCGUCCUGCUGUGUGAGAUCAACGCCCGCCGCCACCAGAUUUUCGGAGACGGGCAGCACGCUUCGCGGUCAUCGGCUCGCCGACAGGCGUGGGAAGAGGUGACGGCGACGGUCAACGGUGCUCGCUGUGGCCCCACUAAGACGGCAGCCGCCUGCAUCAAACGCUUCAACGACUUCAGGCGACGCCACAAGAACAAUAAUGCCACCGGCAAACACAUAAUUUCUGUUUUGCAGGGGGGCACAGGAAUGGCUGCAGCAUUCCCUCACACACGCCCCACACACGCGGAACUCCUCCCGUCAGUGAAAACAGAGCCACAAGAAGGCCCAGAGAACACACUCACAGCCGCAGCCACGACCGAAACAGGAACUGCACCAUCACUUGCAACCAAUGGAGACACAAAACAUGACACUGCAGAUAUACGACUCACCAACACUGAGACCAAUGGAGACACAAAACAUGACACUGCAGAUAUACGACUCACCAACACUGAGACCAAUGGAGACACAAAACAUGACACUGCAGAUAUACGACUCACCAACACUGAGACCAAUGGAGACACAAAACAUGACACUGCAGAUAUACGACUCACCAACACUGAGACCAAUGGAGACACAAAACAUGACACUGCAGAUAUACGACUCACCAACACUGAGACCAAUGGAGACACAAAACAUGACACUGCAGAUAUACGACUCACCAACACUGAGACCAAUGGAGACACAAAACAUGACACUGCAGAUAUACGACUCACCAACACUGAGACCAAUGGAGACACAAAACAUGACACUGCAGAUAUACGACUCACCAACACUGAGACCAAUGGAGACACAAAACAUGACACUGCAGAUAUACGACUCACCAACACUGAGACCAAUGGAGACACAAAACAUGACACUGCAGAUAUACGACUCACCAACACUGAGACCAAUGGAGACACAAAACAUGACACUGCAGAUAUACGACUCACCAACACUGAGACCAAUGGAGACACAAAACAUGACACUGCAGAUAUACGACUCACCAACACUGAGACCAAUGGAGACACAAAACAUGACACUGCAGAUAUACGACUCACCAACACUGAGACCAAUGGAGACACAAAACAUGACACUGCAGAUAUACGACUCACCAACACUGAGACCAAUGGAGACACAAAACAUGACACUGCAGAUAUACGACUCACCAACACUGAGACCAAUGGAGACACAAAACAUGACACUGCAGAUAUACGACUCACCACUGAGACUAAUGGAGACACAAAACAUGACACUGCAGAUAUACGACUCACCACUGAGACUAAUGGAGACACAAAACAUGACACUGCAGAUAUACGACUCACCACUGAGACUAAUGGAGACACAAAACAUGACACUGCAGAUAUACGACUCACCAACACUGAGACCAAUGGAGACACAAAACAUGACACUGCAGAUAUACGACUCACCAACACUGAGACCAAUGGAGACACAAAACAUGACACUGCAGAUAUACGACUCACCAACACUGAGACCAAUGGAGACACAAAACAUGACACUGCAGAUAUACGACUCACCAACACUGAGACCAAUGGAGACACAAAACAUGACACUGCAGAUAUACGACUCACCAACACUGAGACCAAUGGAGACACAAAACAUGACACUGCAGAUAUACGACUCACCAACACUGAGACCAAUGGAGACACAAAACAUGACACUGCAGAUAUACGACUCACCAACACUCACACCCUCACCACCUGCACCACCCACCCCAACACCACCCCCCAAUGA